UGGAAGUGAGGAAGAAUGGCUCUCCUUUGGCUCUUAUCUUGUGUUGCCCUUCUUGGGAGCGCCUAUGGCUGCGGUGUCCCCGCCAUCCAGCCUGUUCUUUCUGGAUAUUCCAGAAUUGUGAACGGUGAGAAUGCUAUCUCUGGGUCGUGGCCAUGGCAAGUGUCUCUGCAGGAUAGCACCGGUUUCCACUUCUGCGGUGGAUCCCUGAUCAACACCCUCUGGGUUGUCACUGCUGCUCACUGUGGUGUCACAACUUCACACCGUGUCAUUCUGGGUGAAUAUGAUCGUUCUUCCUCUGCUGAGCCCAUCCAAACCAAGACCAUUUCCAGGGUUUUCAGACACCCUAACUACAGCUCAUUCACCAUCACCAAUGACAUCACUCUGAUCAAACUCUCCAGUGCUGCCACUCUUAACAGCCGCGUAUCUACUGUCUGUAUCGCUGGAUCCUCUUCUGUGUUUAAUGGAGGAGAGCGAUGUGUGACCACUGGAUGGGGCUACGUUGAUGCCUACUCAAAAAUUACCCCAAGCAAACUUCAGCAGGUGUCUCUGCCUCUUCUCACCAACACUGACUGCCAGAGAUACUGGGGAAGCCAGAUCCUUAGCACCAUGAUUUGUGCCGGAGCCUCUGGUGCCUCCUCCUGCAUGGGUGACUCUGGUGGACCUCUUGUGUGCCAGAGGAAUGGAGCUUGGACCUUGGCUGGUAUUGUGUCCUGGGGAAGUUCUACCUGCUCUCCCUCAUCUCCAGGAGUCUACGCUCGUGUCUCAGUUCUAAGAUCCUGGCUGGAUCAGAUUGUUGCUGCUAAUUAAUUUAUCAAUAUCUGUGCCUAUAAGUUAUCAAUAAAAUGAGUAAUCUACAA